AUAGACUGCACUUCUGUCCCUUGCCUUCUGCAACUUAUUUCGCUUUUCUGUGUCGCAGCGAGUGGUGCCUUUCGCGCGCAUUUUUGACGUCUACUUUUUUUUACGGUUAGCGAGUGCAUUCAGCCAGGUUUUUUUGACGUUGUUUCCAGCCAGUUAUUUUUUUUAUUGUUUUAAUGUGUUGUCUGUGGCCAUGGUGAAGUUUUGGUGGAUGUUUGUUUUGUUCGCGAAGACUGCGUCUGCCAGUGACAACGAGUUACCGGAAUCUGAGGCUGGAAAAGAAUCCCGUCUCCUCCCACUCUUCGAAGUGAAGAGGUUCGACAGGCCCAUAGGACCCGGGGGCCUGCCCCCCCUCACCACAGUACCUAUAGCGGGGGAGCGAUGCUCGCAGAGGCUGGAGUCUGCGCUGGAUCAGAUGAAGAGGAGGAAGAGGAAUCAACCGAAGACCUUGGAUACUCCUGCGAGUCAAAGCAUCGAUCUCAACGGCUACAGCCUGUACCAGCAAAUGCGCUCCGCGCCAGUGGACAUGUAUGUCACCAGGAUGCGCGUGCGACUCCCCCAGAACGCCAACUGGGUCCGCGUCGAGAAAUGCUACUUCGACCCUCGAAACGUAUCUCUCGACACCAUGCUACUGUUCCACGACAUAACCAUUAGUGGGAACGUCGAUCUUUUCGACGCGAACGAGCUCGAUCGGAAUAUACCCCCCAGUAGACGAUUAAGAAGGCAUUACGCUGAAAGAAGAUACGACCCACCAUAUCCAGAUGAUCAUGGCUAUAGAUACAGGCAAGGAAAUGGUUGCAAUAUGAUCCUAAGACUCCGUAAAGCGGGUAUAGGCUUCCAUACACGACCUUUGCACCAACAGCCUGGGAAAUUUAACGUCAAAACUGAUUCUGAAUUCGUCGAGCCUGGCUUCAUAAGCGUCUAUGCUUACGGUUGCGAGAAAUAUAUCAAUAGAAACUCUAUAAGAAACAAGGAUAAUCUACCGUUGAAGAGAAAAAAGAGAUCUGAUGAGUUUACGUUUGAUCCUCAUUUAAAUCAACCUGACGAAUAUGAUAGCCGGACUUCGGAUAAUAGUUGGAACACUGUUUACGAACCUCGGAGUAGAGUGAAUUACGAACGGAGUAAGCUUUUCAGGCCUGAUGACGACUUGGACGAAGUUGAAGAUAUUUCUAGGGAAAUGGAGGAUAUUUUCACUAAAGGGAUAAGGACUUUGUUGACGACUUAUAUGAAGAAAGAGCUGCAGCCCGCGAUCAAAGAUACCCUGAUGCGGAAUAUGGGUUAUGUGAUAUCAUAUGGUUAAAUAUUUAUGUGUUUAAGUGUUUAUCUUCGAGCUAUCGCAAAUUGAGUCAUACUGUGGGAUUGUUAAACUCAGAUCUUGUACUGGAGUAUUCUAUGAGGAUGUCACUUACACAAUGCAAUAUUUUGUAAUCCUUCUGAAAACAAUAAGAAAGCGAUUUUAUGUCUCACAAUACUAAAUUUCAUGGCUUGGCUUGGCUAACAAAUUGGAAGUUGUUAUUUUAAUUUAUUUUAUUGUACAUUCUCGAGCUUGACGGAUUUACCACCUAAUGCAAAAACACUUUGUAGGCCUAGGCCUGCAAAGUAAC